AUGUGUGCCGGCACGAAAGUAUGGAAACCAAGGGGAGCAGCCGUUAUCGAACUGGACAUCUCAUCACUCGAACAGGAGACUGUCGACGAGCUUUUCCAAAGCGUUACCUACAUAAAAAUGUGCAUCACUAUGCGACAAUCACAAAUACAGUGCCUGCGCAUGCCGAACCUCGUCGAAGUGCACACAUGCGAGAAAGGUCGUCCAGCAUUCACUAUAGAGGGAAAUCCGAAACUAGAGGUCAUUCAUGUAUCUACAACGUUUAAAUGGGAUGUCAGUAUUGAGCCCUUCUAUGUUACUUACAACCCAGCGCUAAAACAAUACCCUCCGUGGGAGAAAUGCAAGUACUGCGUGUUCGAGCCAAAUACGAGGUGUGGAGUGAUCUGGCCGGCCCUUGCUUAUACUACGGUUGAAGAGAUCCUGCAGAAUUGUUUGGGAAAACCAAGGAUUGUAUUCAACGAAGUGGUCACCGUCACGCAGGAGCAGUUCACACAGCUUUGUUCUCAAGCCGUAUAUCUGCAAAUGUGCUUCAAUAUCACUAAUACCGACUAUACGUCGAUUAGCUGCCCCAUGUUACGAGCUGUGGCCCCAUGCCGUCCAGGAAUACCAGUAUGGACGAUCGUUGGCAAUUCGCAGCUACAGAAUGUCGUCAUAAAUAGUCUCGUAAAGUACACAAUGGAAGAAAAGAUUAUGGUUGUCAGAGAAAACCCCUUGAUUCCUAAUAAUGAACUUGUCAUCCUGAAAGAAAUAUGCAAGGAUUGCGAAGUAGAUUACGAAUCAACGUGCCGCGACAUAACUGAACUUCCAAGCUUCGAAGUAUUUAUGAGGAGCUGCGCAGGACAAAAAGUAAUUUCUCUGCCUGGAGUGGAAUUGACUUACACCUUCACGGAAGCUCAAAUUAACCAACUAUUCCGCGAGGCCGUAGAGGUGGUGAUGUGUUUGAACUUACAAACUACCACCAUUCAGAAUCUAGUAUUCCCAAAACUGAAACGAUGGAAUUCAUGCAAAGCUGGCAAGCCUGCAAUAACCGUCAUCGACAAUCCCUUCUUGGUGAACAUUACGUUCCCAUCGUGCGAGAGCAACCUAUGCAUAGAAAGCGGAACUAUCAGCGGAAAUCCACUGCUUUCUCCGGGAAUAACACAGAAAUUCCCUGGAUGGUGCUCCAACUGCGCAUUGACGCCCUAUGUACCCGCUUGCGGCCUCGGAGACCAAAGCUACACAGUGCAGCAGCUGAUGACGGCAUGUGCAGGAAAACCGAUCAUAACACAAAACCCAGGCACCACGAUUGUCGUUUCCUCCACGGAGGUCACUGAGACCCAAAUGAACGCAUUUUGCUCCAACGCCGUUUACAUACAAGCGUGUAUCCAGAUCGUUGAUUCUGCAUUCACUAGCCUACGGUGCCCUUAUCUCAAGGAGAUAGUAUCAUGUCAACCUGGAAGGCCUGCUCUUGAAAUCCUUAACAACCCGCAUUUGACGAUAGUGGAAAUCCCCUCGACAACUGUUGUUCCGGUUAACGAAAAGGUCAUCAUUAUCGACAGAAAUGCACAACUUUCACCUGUGAUUAUCAAACAGCUGCGUCUGAUCUGCCCUCUUUGCGAUAUCCAAAACGAUUAUUCAACUUGUAGCGAGUUAGAUGUCAUUGGAGACGUUGAAUUAUUUGUCAAAAAAUGCGCAGGACAACCAAUAAUCACUUUCAAGACGGGAGUGGAACAGCAGUUGAUUCUGACAGAAGAGCAAAUCACAAGAUUGUUUGAAAAUGCUGUUGAAGUACAGAUGUGUCUCGCUGUCAAAAUGUCUUCCAUACAACAGCUGGUAUUCCCAAAAUUGAUGCAGUGGAGGUCAUGUGCACCAGGAAAAAAUGCUCUGGCCGUUGUCAACAAUCCCCAACUAGAAGUUUUGAGCUUCCCCGCAUGUACAAACCCACGAUGUAUCGAGAAUAUCGUUGUGGAAGGCAAUCCUUAUCUCCCAACCGAGCAAAUCAAUGUCAUUCACGGUUUCUGCAUUAAUUGCCACUUGGAAUACUAUGCGCCAGCUUGCGGCCUUGGAAAUCGCACAUUCACGCCUCAACAGCUUGUCAGGGCUUGUGCAGGAAAACAUGUGAUAGUGCCGGCAGCAAACUCCCCUGGCAUCAUCAUUUACUCGAAAGACGUAACUGAGGUAGAACUGAAUAGAUUCUGUUCUAACGCCGUUUACAUACAAGCGUGCAUUGUAAUGGAAGGAUCCCCCUUCACCAGUCUUCAAUGCCCAUACCUCGAAAAGAUUGUGCCAUGCCAGCCAGGACGAGCAGUAUUCGAAAUCAAUGGAAAUAACGCCCUGUCGUCGGUGGUCAUAUCCAAGACGGUGAUUUUCCCUGAAGGAGAAAAAGUAGUGACGGUAACUGGAAAUCCAUUGCUGUCACCGAGCACCAUAACCUCACUGAAAGGGAUAUGUCCGUACUGCGACAUCAGCGAUGUCUAUUCAAAAUGCCGCUGGGUGCAAACCUUUGGAAGUGUGGAAGAGAUCGUUGAGGAAUGUGCUGGACAACCAAUCAUUAUGGGAGGACCGGAAUUCACAUUGCAGUUCAAUCUCGGAGAGACUGAACUCGUAAAACUGUUCUCCGAAGCUGUAGAAGUUCAAAUGUGCCUCGAAAUCAGGGGAUCUCUGAUCAGGAAUCUAGUAUUCCCAAAACUGACCAAAUGGAAGUCCUGUGCACCAAACAAACCGGCGAUUACUAUUGUAAACAAUCCUUAUCUGGAAAAGCUACAAUUCCCCACAUGUAUCAACAACGAAUGCAUCGAGGGCAUCGUGGUUGAAGGAAAUCCACUGCUUCCUUCAGUGCAACUCAAUCAGACUUUAUCGUGGUGUACCAACUGUAACCUAAAACCCUACGUGCCAGCUUGCGGACUCGGCAAUGGACCCUUCACUGUACAACAAUUUGUGAAGGCAUGCGCUGGACAGCAGAUUAUCAAACAGCCACAAGGCUUUGAAAUAACCAUAAAAUCAACGGAAGUGACUGAAGAAGAAAUUAAUAACUUCUGCUCUCAAGCUGUCUACAUAGAAGCCUGCAUUGAUAUAUCAAGUUCACCAUACACGAGCUUGCGCUGUCCCUUCCUUCAGGAAUUGCAGCCUUGCAAACUUGGACAACCAGCCAUCACAAUUACUGACAACACACAACUGAAAAUCGUGGAGUUCCCUGCAUUGCUGAAAUUCGAGGAGAAGGAGACACUGAUAAUUGUAAAGAACAAUCCACUGAUUCCUCAUUCUGUAAUUGCUUCACUCAGAAUCCUUUGCCAAUUCUGUGAUAUCCAGUACUACAAAUCAAAAUGCGACGGAUUAACUAGUAUAGGAAGCGCCGAGGAGUUUGUGAAUAUGUGUGCCGGACAACCAGUAAUCACCGUUAAGGGAUCUACUGUUAUCGAUCAGCAGCUUACCGAGACACAAGUGAAUCAGGUGUUCUCUAAUGCCUAUGAAGUCCAUAUGUGCCUCAGC